ACAUAAUCCUUUAGUUCUGGUGACAGGCCACAUAGAGGCUACUCAGACCAUGGGCUCCUUUCUCUUGGUAUGGAGGACUGUAGAAGUGAUUGUGGUGUUUGCCUUAUUGUUGUUAAAACUGAACUAAUAUCUCAAUACAGUGAAGAGUCAAUAAGAACUUCUUACAUGAUGGAAAAUGAGAAAAAGCAGCCAUUGAAGUCUGAUGAAGAAGUUUGCAAGAAAAGAUUAUGAAAAAUUCUCUUCCCUAUUUCCAAAUAAAGGUAAUGGAAUUGAUGUUCUAUAGGGUAGCCUUUUGGCAGAGGACUUGAGGGAAUUGAUCAGAACCCGCAUGCUCUGCUCCUUUAUGGAACAACUAUAAUUAAUGUAAGGAGAAUUUCCUUGUAGACUUCUCUAUACUGGCCUGACAAGGCUGUUAUUUUAAAGUGAAGUUUUCCAAAUUCAGUACCCUUGGGACAUUUCUUUUUGGUAUUUUGUUGAUAAGCAGGAUAUGUGAUGCUCUUAAGUUAGCCUGUAUCAAAAAUUGUUUCGUGAGAAGACCAAUGGUUCUUCUAGAACACAACAUUUUUUUUCAGAAUAGAACAGUGUUUCCCUAAGUAAUAUUUCACAGAAAAGUGUUAAGUUUUCUGGAGUAUCAGGUAUCAUUAAAAAAUAGGUAGGUAGGUAAGUAGAUUAGAUUAGAUGGAUAGAAGUUCAUGUUUAGGAAGUGCUGGGUUAAGCAAACUUAAAUACUUUUCUUGGAUGUGCAUCUUCUCAGAACUUCCCAUGUGUCAUUGCUGUGUGGAUCUCUAGUGGCAGGGGUAGAGAUUAGAAUACAGGUUUCUCCAAACGUGUUUGUUUAAGAAACCCCUCGUUUCCACUCAGAAUCGCCAGUGGAACUUUAUUCUCAUGGAACAUGAUGUGAGAAAUUAUCUAUACAUGAUGACCAUGUAGAAAUUUUUCUUGUCAGAAUUUUUAGUUUAGGGAAGGCCGAGGGAAUUAAAAAAUAAAUUUAAAACUAGAUGGGAUAUCAAGAGAAAACAGCAUUAUACUUGGCUAUUAAAAAUGAUGUAUUAUUUUGAAUAAAGUCCUAUUUUAUAUAAUUAGUUUAAUUAUUCACCAUAGGGUGUUUUUUAAUGUCCAGUGCUUAUGUGCUGUGGCUGUAAAAUAUUAAUUUACCCUAGAAUUUAAAUAACCAAGUUGAUAAAUUAUGAGUUGGAUAGAGUCUUAAGAUUACCUACAUUAACAUGAAGGGUUUGUUUUGAGCAGUGUAUUUUAAUUAUAUAACUGAUGACAUAUACCACAUUAUAAUAUUAUUCUAGUUUAUUUUUCCAAACUUUUAUGUGUGUGUAGUACACACUGAAGGAUAUACAAAUAACUAGCAACUUUGUAAAACUGACACGGUGGGCAGAAUUGAAAGAGAUGAUUAGUAUUGUUUUGAAUUCUUAAAUGAUAUAUCAACCUGUGUUAACUGCAACUUCUCAUGUUUAAUGAUGUUUACAAGUAAAAUAAUACACUAGCAAUAUAGGAUUAACAUUUAUAAUUAACUCAGAAUAGAUUCCUCGAAGGGUUCAAAGAGCUUUUCAUAAUAAAUUACUAGGCUUUAAUCAGCUAAUAUAAAGUGAGUGUUUUUUAGAAUGUGAGAAGUACAUUUAUAUCUCAUAAAAAUUUAACUUACAUUAAUGAAAUGAGUUUGAAUGAUCUAGAUUCAUCAUCCCGAAUCAGAGAUAUGUCUGACAUUUCAGUGAAAGCUUUAUUUAGAAGGAGUUGAGGAAUUCUUUAAGAUAACAGGCUUUCGAAUGUGCUAUCUUGAGUGUUACAGCUGAAUGGUUUCCCCAGAAUCUUGAAGUCUUUUUCAAGCUCUCUUAUGAAUGAAUUGAAUUAAUGAAAUAUAAAUAAAUUAUCUUUUUUGCAUUUCUUAACAAGUUAAAAGAAUGCUGACUUUAAACAUUCAUAAAAGUGAAUUUUGCUUUUUAAAAUGUCAUUUCCCCUUGGGAAGCUAGCCCUGGCCAACCUCCGGGAUCCUGUCCCAUCCAUUAACACACAGCUGUGAUAAGGAGAGUGAAGUGUGAGCUAAAUACAGAGGAGGCCUGGGCAAGGUCAUUCAUGCCAGAAUACCAGGGAUGCUAAGAUCCCAAGGGUACUGUAGUACAUAAACCGAUGCUACACCGGUGAGUUAAAAAGAAUAUAUACAUACACACAGAGCAAAAAUGAGGGUCCCUGUAUUUGAGGAUGUAAAAGAUGAAACUGAAGAGGAAAAAACAGAGGAAGAAGAAAAUGAAGAAGACAAGGUAUUCUUUAAGCCUGUGAUUGAAGAUCUGAGCAUGGAAUUGGCCAGAAAAUGCACCAAACUCAUUAGUGAUAUCCAUUAUAAAGAAGAGUAUAAAAAGUCCAAGGACAAGUGUACAUUUGUGACAGACACUCCUAUGCUAAACCAUGUAAAAAAUAUUGGUGCUUUUAUUUCUGAGGCAAAAUACAAAGGCACCAUUAAGGCAGACCUCUCCAAUUCUCUUUACAAGCAGAUGCCAGCCACAAUUGACAGUGUCUUUGCACGAGAAGUGACGCAGCUUCAGAGUGAGAUCGCCUACAAGCAGAAACACGACGCUGCCAAAGGGUUCUCAGAUUACGCCCGUAUGAGGGAGCCGCCAGCGAUCAGACACGCCACUGAGGUCAAUAAACACCAGAGUAAUAUUUCUUAUAGAAAAGAUAUGCAGGACACCCACGUGUAUAAUGCAGAGCUCAACAGACCAGACAUCAAGAUGGCCACGCAACUCUCCAAGAUCAUAAGCAAUGCAGAAUACAAGAAAGGGCAAGGGGCGAUGAAUAAAGAGCCAGCUGUAAUUGGAAGACCAGAUUUUGAACGUGCUGUUGAAGCUUCUAAACUUUCUAGUCAAAUUAAAUACAAAGAAAAAUUUGAUAAUGAAAUGAAGGAUAAGAAACAUCACUACAAUCCCCUUGAAAGUGUUUCUUUUAAGCAAAGUCAGCUUGCCACUGAACUGGCAAGUAAUGUGAAGUACAAGAAAGACAUCCAAAAUAUGCAUGAUCCAGUUUCAGAUCUCCCAAACUUGUUUUUAGACCAUGCUUUGAAAGUCAGCAAAAUGCUCAGCGGACGAGAGUACAGAAAACUUUUCGAGGAAAACAAAGGAAUGUACCAUUUUGAUGCCGAUGCUGCGGAACACGUGCACCACAAAGGCAAUGCCACUCUCCAGAGUCAGGUUAAGUACAAAGAAGGAUAUGAGAAAAAUAAGGGGAAAUCGAUGCUUGAAUUUGUUGAGACACCAUCAUAUCAAGCUUCAAAGGAGGCUCAAAAGAUGCAAAGUGAGAGAGUUUACAAGGAGGAUUUUGAGAAAGAGAUUAAAGGAAGGUCAUCAAUGGAUUUAGACAAGACUCCAGAAUUUUUACAUGCAAAGUACAUCACCAACCUUCUGAAGGAGAAGGAAUAUAGAAAAGAUUUGGAAAAUGAAAUAAAAGGGAAAGGAAUGGACCUUAAUUCAGAAGUUCUUGAUAUUCAAAGAGCAAAACGAGCAUCUGAAAUGGCUAGUGAGAAAGAAUACAGGAAAGACCUGGAGUCAGAAAUUAAAGGGAAAGGAAUGCAAGUUGGCAUUGAUGCCCUUGAAAUACAACAUGCCAGAAAAGCCUCAGAGAUAGCUUCACAGAAAGACUAUAAAAGAGAUCUGGAGACUGAAAUUAAAGGGAAGGGCAUGCAGGUGAGCACAGACACUCUUGAUAUCCAGAGAGCCAAGAAAGCAUCCGAAAUGGCCAGCCAGAUAGAAUAUAAGAAAGACUUGGAAAACGAAAUCAAAGGGAAAGGGAUGCAAGUGAGUAUGGACAUUCCAGACAUGCUUCGAGCCAAGAGGGCAUCCGAAAUCUAUAGCCAGAAAAAGUAUAAAGAUGCAGCAGAGAAGAUGCUUUCUAACUAUUCUACUGUGGCAGAUACUCCUGAAAUUCAGAGAAUUAAGACAACUCAACAAAACAUCAGUGCACUGUUUAAUAAGAAAGAAGUAGGAGCUGGCAUAGCAGUAAAAGGUACUUCAGAGAUUGAACGAGUGAAGAAAAAUCAGGGGAAUAUUAGUUCAGUGAAAUACAAAGAAGAGAUAAAACAUGCAACAGCCAUUUCUGAUCCUCCAGAGCUAAAGCGAGUUAAAGAAAACCAGAAGAAUAUCAGCAAUUUCCAGUACAAAGAGCAGUGCUACCGGGCCACACCCAUGAGCAUGACCCCGGAGAUAGAAAGAGUGAGGAGGAACCAGGAGCAGCUGAGUACGGUAAAGUACAAAGGAGAGAUUAAGCAGGCCACCGCAAUUUCGGAUCCACCAGAGCUGAAGAGAGUUAAAGAGAACCAGAGGAACAUCAGCAAUGUUUAUUAUAAAGGUCAGCUGGGAAGAGCUACGGCUCUAAGUGUAACUCCUGAAAUGGAAAGAGUAAAGAAGAAUCAAGAGAAUAUUAGUUCGGUAAAAUAUACCCAGGACCAUAAACAGAUGAAAGGCAGACCAAGUCUGAUUUUAGACACACCUGGUCUGCGGCAUGUCAAAGAAGCACAAAAUCAUAUUUCCAUGGUAAAAUACCAUGAAGAUUUUGAAAAGACAAAGGGGAGGGGCUUUACUCCUGUCGUGGAUGACCCUGUGACAGAGCGAGUGAGGAAGAAUACCCAGGUCAUCAGCGAUGCCGCUUACAAAGGCGUCCAUCCUCACAUUGUGGAGAUGGACAGGAGACCUGGAAUCAUAGUGGACCUCAAAGUUUGGCGCACAGAUCCUGGCUCUAUCUUCGACAUUGACCCUCUAGAAGACAACAUUCAGUCUAGGAGUCUGCAUAUGCUCUCUGAAAAGGCAAGUCACUAUAGGAGACAGCGGUCUCGGUCACACUCGAGCAGUACCUUCGGUACCGUUUUGGGAGAUGACAAGUCAGAAAUGUCCGAGGUUUACCCUAGCUUUUCCUGCUGCAGUGAGGUAACGAGGCUGUCUGAUGAAGGAGCACCUGUUCUUCCUGGAGCCUACCAGCAAAGCCAUUCCCAAGGCUAUGGGUACAUGCACCAGACCAGCCUGUCUUCCAUGAGGUCAAUGCAGCAUUCACCAAAUCUAAGGACCUACCGAGCCAUGUAUGAUUACAGUGCCCAGGAUGAAGACGAAGUCUCCUUCAGGGACGGCGACUACAUCGUCAACGUGCAGCCCAUUGAUGACGGCUGGAUGUACGGCACGGUGCAGAGAACUGGGAAAACCGGGAUGCUCCCAGCAAAUUACAUUGAGUUUGUUAAUUAGUUAUUUCUCCUUGCCCUUUGAGCUUUAUUCUAAUGUACACUUAAACCUAAUCUUUUUAAAAGAUAGAAGAUACUUUUAAGACAACUUGGCAGUUAUUUUACAAUAAUUUAUCCUUACUUUGACAAUUAGGCACACAGGUACCAGAAAGAAGGAAUGAUUUCUGGGUUGCAAGUAGCAGCAGUGUUAGUAAUUCCUGCAAACAAAACACUGCGGCCUGGAGACCUGGUGCUGCUAAUUGUUACUGGUUUCUUUUGAUUGGCUACUGAACCCUUCUGGGAAAUGUAUUUUUGUAGACUUUAAUAGAGAUGUUGAUUGUCCUGUAAAUGUAACAAGUAUAUGAGACUUCUUAGCUGUCACUUUGGAAUCACCAGAAGCCAAUUCUCUUAAUUUACUAACACCGUUUAGCUGUGGAGUCAUUAGGCAAUUUCCAAUUCCAGUGAAAAAUUGCCUAAUAUAAUAAAUGUUAGCAGUGGCAGAAUGACAGUUUGGUUAAAAUUGCAUUGACUGGUGGCCUUAGGGACCUGGAAACUUCUACUGAACAAAGAAACUUUUUUGUUUCCUUGGCCAACUUGGGUCUAUUUAUUUCUCACUUGUACCAAGGCAUAUACUACCCCGCCAUUUGCAUUCUGUGGGCCCAAGUGUGUGCUUGCUUCCACAGAAUGUCAGGACCAAAUAACUUCACAGGUACUCUGCAAAGGGCAAAUUUAAGGUCAUCUAUAUUAUUUCCCUAAUAGCCUUCACCCUGUUGCAUGACAUGUAGGUCCAAGCUUCUGUAUCAUAGGCAGCUGCACUGCCCAUUGCUCUUACUAAAGCAAAAGUGUGGCUGAUCUCUAACAGCCCUUCCUCUAGUUGCCAGCUCAUCAGAAAAACAUAUUUUGAAAAGUUGCUUGAGAUUCUCCUGCUGCAUUGCACUCUAGUUUUGGAGGAUUUACACCUUAGGAAAUAGAUGUAUACUCUAGUAAAUAAGUGAUUUAGGUAUUUAUUGAACAGCUUUUAUCAAUUUAAUGCCGCUGUUGAUUUAAAAAUUAAGAAAAUUUAACAGGAGCCAGUGACAAAGUGGGACAGGAAGUGGGCUGGAGGAAACCAGUGAGUGAAAACUACUAACUCUACAUACAAAGAGAGGGUCUGGCUUCUUAUUUUAGAAAUGGUACUCAGGUUCUGGAAUGGAAAUCCAGCUGAUGAAACUGGUUGAUGAAAGGAUUUUCUUCUCACUUUCUGUUUCUCGUUAUCUGAAUCACAUUCAGGAGGUGAGAGAGGAAUGUUGUCAGAGAUUUCAGCUGCAGGCCCAACAGGUUGUGCACGGGAAAUGAAAUUGUUCCGACUUUCAAACAAGUGACCUUGCAGUUUCUUGCUGGAUUCACAGCCCUGACUGCAACUGUUACUGGAGGGUCAUGACUUUCACUUGAGUCCUCUGUCUAGACCACCUGAGGGAUUAUCAUCCAUCAGCAACUGUGUUUUUCUGAUUGUGCCACUCACUGGGACACGCAAUGGGGUAGCAUUUAUGUAGGACCUGACUUUAUAGUUGAGACGAAACUGAAAAAACAAAGUUACAAACAUGUGACAAAGUGUAUGGCUCUUGUAUGAUAUCAUAUCCUUACAUGAUAUAAUCAAAGAAAUUAGCGAAACAUUUUCUAAAAAUAUCUUUUACUGAAAUGUUCAUCAGCCCAAAGGCAAAGUUAAUUCAUUAACAUCUUUGAAAGGUUGGCAAAUACUUUUGAAUAUCUGUAAUUUCAUUCUAUCUGUCUGAGUAAAUAAAAUUUAUUGCAUGCAAGCUUCACCUACAUGACAGCGCCAUAAAAUUGAAAAGAAAAAAAUCAGGCAAAUAACAAGAGAGGUUUUUUUUGUGAGUGAGCUUUAUGGAUUACCAAAUAACCAGCUUGACUGAGUUUUCUUUAUUGCAAUGACCAGUCAUGAUUAAAUUGAUUAAACCCUAUAUCAGUUUUGAUGUCCUGUACACAAACAUACAGACAAACCGAACUUGCAAUAUUCUUGCAAAAAUUUCUGUUCAUUAAAAUUGAGGGAAAUAAGCUUGCUCAAUUUUAUGAUAUUGUUAAUUAAGUAUUUACAUUUCAUCCAGACUUCUUCUUGUGAUUAUAAAAAAGGAGUAGUUAUUGAUUCAAUUUGUAGACUAGCACGUGUAGGACAGAUACCAUUUUUGAUAAGUAGCACAUUUAUAGGAAACUGACUGAAAAUGAUGAUUGUAAUGGGGGAAAGUUACGAGAAAGCAGCAGCUUGGUGUUUCAUUGUUUUUAUCAUCCACUAAUUUCAAAAUCAGAUUCAUUGAAUGUAAAAGUCAACACUUAUUUGGGGAAUAAUUCUCCUGAAAUUGUAAGCUUUAUGUAAUGUGUGCAUAGCAAGAUGUUUCUGCUUCUAGCCUUUAGAGAUAAAGAUCUGAUCAGAAUUUCACUAGAGGACAGUUAUUUUACCGUAAAGACUGAGGAAGGAUAAGAUGUCACAUGCCCCUAACCCUCUAACUGUAUAGUGUUGUCAUUGUUCCAAAAGCUUGUUAGGAUAUUAAGCAUCUCAGCAGAAACUGAGGAAACAUAUGUUUAAUACCAAAGUGCUAUUUUUACAGCAUCAUUUUCCAAACUACAUUCUUGAACAGCUUUUCCCCCCUCAACACACCUCCUGCCCACCUUCAGUUUGGCCAGAAGUAUCUCAUACAUAAUGAUGACAGCUAAACAAGAGUCUAAAAACCACAUUUUUAAAAUUCAAGUUACAGAAGACUGCGAGUGCCCGAGCACAGAGAGCACGCACCUGAUUUUCCGAGUUUGAUGCUCUCCAGCCGGAUAAAAGCACAAGGGCAGUGUGAUAUGCUUUUCAAGGCUUCAGAAACGAAAGUGUACACGAAUCACGUAUCUCGAGAGAAAAGCAUAGCAACAGAAUAUAGUGCUUUUGUGUAAGUGUUUGUAGUAAAUGUUUUUACUAAUUCUUGGUCUCUAGGAAAGCUUUCUGUCUCUCACCUGUGGCAAAAUGACUUCUUUGGGUCUUCUUGUUAUCGUUUACACAUUGGCAGCCUAGCCCAGAUCUGAAACAUUUUAUCUGAUUGUCAGAUGCCCCUACCUCUCCCCAGGCCUCCCACACCUCCAGACACCACACUGGUAUUUGCAAGCACAAUUUCCAAGAGCACCUUGUAUGAAGAUGGAUGAGACCAGCCCAGCCCCCCUCUUGCCACUAGGUCCAUUGCUUGAAGAUGACAAAGAUACUGUUUAGCCAAUUUUGCCACAGUCUGUCUUUCUUGAUCCUCUGUGUGGAAUGCAACAGUGCUGUGGGGGUAGGGGCGGGGUGGGGGAGGGAAGCCACUUUUCUAAAACAGUGGAGGUUGAAGAGGAGUAUCUGUUUUUAAGCUUUGUCCAUCUCUAGUGGAAUGUUUUUAAUGGAAAGAUAAAGAAAAUGUGGAUGAUCCUUUAAUAACAAAUCUCUAUAUAGAGUGGAUAUCAUUUAUACCAAAAUUAUAAUAUAGAUAUAUAUAAAAAUAGGUGCCUUUUUGAUUACUCUUGUUUAUUCACUAUGGUCUGGGAAAGAAAACCAAGCAGGCAAGCUUCUGCCUAUUCUAUAGUGGUAUUCUAUUACCCAUGACUGGUAUUUUUGUGGUGGGGAAGUGAGAUGCUCCUGACAGGUAUGAAGGGUGAUAGCUGAUUGUAUUUUACUUCUCAAGGUUUAGAACUUUAGAAAAUACUGACUCCUCCUAUCAAUUUCUGAAAUGUUCUUUGUAGAGUUAUAUGUAGUUAAGAUACAUAAACAUUAAUUUUAGGUUUGAGAUUUAAAAUACCUAUUGUAAGAUAGAAGAAUUAUAUUAUGAGGCUGAAUUCCUUACACAAGACGAAACAUGCUUCAUAAAUUCAUUAUCCCUUAGCUGUUUGCUUCUGAUAAUCUAAAAGUGGCUGAAGUGUGCUUGUUUCGGGUCACAUGACAUGGUGGUGAGAAAGCUUUAGUUAAGAAGCUAUUUAAACAAAUGUAAGAAGCUAUGUAAAUGAAUGUUGAAACAAAAGUCUCCUUCUCAAGUAGUCCAUGCCCAUUAGGGUAACUUUCUGGACCUCUGUCAACUACUGAUGAUCAAAAAAUCACAUUAUAUGAAGCUUCUGUGUCCAUCGUUCCAUGAUGCUUCGACUCCUGGAAUCCACAAGCCUGGAAGGAUGGACCCCCAGGGCAAACGUCUUCCCCCAUUGUCCAUGUUGCUUUGUUGUAUUAAUGGGAAUUUCAUAUGCUUUUUGUGUUUGCUAUACAGUAUUCAGUUUGCAUAGUAUAUACUUCUUUGUAAUCCAGUUGCUACUAAGAAUGAUUUACUGAAAAAAAAA